AUGUCCCAUUUACGAGGUACGGAGCAAGGGCAUAACCCAAAACCCACCCAACCGGCCCAAACACCUCUCAGUUGGGAGCUCAGAUCCCUGUCGGCUCCGUUGCAGAGCCUAAAUGGCAGGAUUGGUAUCGCGAGCCCAAAGCCUCCUAAAAGCCAAGACCCCAACUCAGACGCCGGGGGAUCUGCCUACUCGAAGGAUCGACCUCGCCCGGGGCCGACGCCGGCUCCAUUCUUUUCGUUGGUGGUUGGAGUUCGGACGGAUUCCAUCCAGCUCUCGCUUGCAUAUUACUUUUACAAAACUGACCGCUCGACCGCUCCGGGCUCGGUAUUGGGCUCAGAAUUGGUGGCCUUGCUGGAACAGGCAAGGAGACCGCCGCUUGAAGUGACCUCACCUCGAUCCUCGGCCUCUUAUAUGGCCUGCAUCACUCCUGAUGGGUGCGGUAUGGUCUGA